GUCCACAUAAUCACAUACUUACGUUACCUAGACAGGUAAAAAUGUGACAUAUGAAAACAAGGCCCAUUAAAUUGUACAGACAGCUAAAUGAAAUUCUAAUACUUCGUAUAAGCUAAUAAGCUAAAAGUUCAGCAGUGCAGAGACUACAAGAGGAAUAGAUCACAACACUAUUUACAGGAACUUUUUUAAGAAUUGAAUUCCCAACCUAAUUGCCAAAUGGUGACUACUACGCUAGGGUAUGCCUAGGCUAUGCUUGACUAGAAAAACAUUCUCCUCAGCAAAAAAACCCAAUUUAAGACACUCAUCAGCCAAUAAAUUAGUCAUCGACCUUGUGAAAGACAUUAGAAUAUACUUUAGAAUAUACUUUAGAAUAUUCUUCUAUCCUUAGAAUAUACUUUAGAAUAUUUUAGGAAUAUACUCUAGGAUAUUAUUAUUGUAUAGAAUCUUAUAGGAAUAUUCUAUCUUUGUAAUGUAUAUUUAUAGGGACUUAACCCUCCAAUGAAAUACACAGAAAAUCUUUCCUCCUCUCUUCAAUAUUAUAUUUUGUAGUUUAUAUUUCAACAUGGUAUCAGAGCCUUCCAUUUCAGUUUAGUUUUUCAGAUUUCAGUUCUUUAUUCAGGCUGACUUCAGUUCAGUAUUCAGGCUGGGUUCUUUCUCCAAGAACUUGAGUUAACUUCAGAACCUUACACACCAUUUUCAGAACCUUACACACCAUUCUGCCUACAGAACCUCUACACACCAUUAAACAGAACCUCUGUCCAGACCAACACCGUCCUAUUUCUCACCUCCGUCCUAACCAAUUGCACUUGCCGCUGCCGACCACGUCUUUGGAGUCCGCACCGGCAAAGCUUCGCGCGUCAGUCACACGCGCCGCCGAAGACUUUCUCGGCUGCCGCACGCGCCGGCGAGUGAAGCUUCAUAGCUGACCGGAUUUCUAAUCGGAAAUCGCCAUCUCUGCCAGGCAAAUCCAUUUUUCCGAUCUGCGAGCUUUUGGAUCCACGGUCUUCUUGAGGUUGGCGACGCAGACUGUUGAGAAAGGUUGGGAUUUGAGACUAGGUGAACUAACUCGAAUUAGAAAGGGGCUGCGUUAUAUUUUUGGAGUCGCCACUAUCAUUAGCUGGUAAGUCAGAAACCCAGACCUCGCCAACCAUCUAUUGAGCUGCGGCUGGUAAGUCUUAAUUAGCUGUAUUUAUUUAUUUAUUCUCAAAAAAAAAAAAGUAAAAAAAAAAAUCAAAAAAAAAAAAAAAUCAAAAAAAAAAAAAAAAAAAAUCAAAAAAAAGAAAAAAAGAAAAAAAGAAUGUCUUUUACGGGUCCAUUUGGCAGAGGAGUAAUAUGCCAUUACUGCAAGAAGCCCGGGCACUUGCUCAAAGAAUGUAGAAAGUUGCUGUUCAAAAAUCAAGGAAAUCAGCUUGCUCAUGUUGCUUCCGCUACGAGUUCAUUUGAUGGAUCAAUUGCUAUUUCUUCAGACGAGUAUGCUAAAUUUAUUUGCUACCAAGAAUCUCUAAAGCAUUCAUCUACCCCUAUCUCGGUAGUCGCAAAUUCAGGUAUUUCAAACACAUGUCUUGUUUCAUCAUCCUCAAAAUGGGUCAUUGACUCAGGUGCCACAGAUCAUAUGACUGGUAAUCCUAGUCUAUUCUCAUCAUUUCACUCACAUUUACCUGCUUCCAGUGUCACUUUAGCAGACGGGUCUACCUCACCCGUUCUUGGAUCUGGUACUGUUGUACCAACUUCUACAUUACCAUUAUCGUCUGUUUUGAGUCUUCCUAAUUUUGCAUUUAAUCUGCUUUCCAUCAGUAAAAUCACACGUACUCUUAAUUGUUCUGUAACAUUUUUUCCGGGAUAUUGUGUGUUUCAGGAUCUGUUAACGAAGCAUACUAUUGGUCAAGGACAUGAGUCGGGUGGUCUUUAUAUUUUGGAUACAUCAAUUACAAAAGGUAUCUCUUGCCUUGGGGUUGGAAAUCUAUUAGAAGCUCAUUACCGAUUAGGACAUCCAUCUCUCUCACUAAUGAAGCAAUUAUAUCCUCAGUUUAAUAAGGUGUCUUCUAUACAAUGUGAGUCGUGUGAGUUUGCUAAACAUCAUCGCACUAGUUUAAGUCCCCGACUUAAUAAACGAGCAAAUGCUCCGUUUGAUCUUGUCCAUACUGAUGUUUGGGGGGCAUGUCCAGUUGUGUCCAAACCUGGUUUCAAAUAUUUUGUCACUUUUGUUGACGAUUAUUCUCGUAUGACAUGGGUGUAUUUUAUGAAGCGCCGAUCCGAGUUAUUUACUCAUUUCUCUGCAUUUUGUGCUGAAAUUAAAACUCAAUUUAAUGUUCCUGUUCGUGUGUUAAGGGGAGACAAUGCCCAAGAAUAUUUAUCUGCUCCAUUUAAAUCUUUUAUGCUUCAACAUGGCAUUAUUCAUCAAACUUCAUGCGUAGACACACC